AUGAAGUUUCCUGGAGGACAGAAAUAUCUGGGUUUUCACUGUGAUUCAAAGUAUAAGUUUGACUCCUAUCAGAAGUCCUAUCUGCCAGUGCUGCAGAAGAGCAAAAUUCAGAAAACUAGAGUGAAACCACUCUGUUAUCAAAACUCCACAAUGACCUUACUAAGAAGCUGGAUUUCAGUCCUAAUGGCAUUUCUUCUUCUCUUAUAUUUUUGGAGAGCAAAGGUCUAUGCUUCUGGAAACCCAGAGGAGGAAAUAGAUUUCACUUAUGUGACUAUAGGAGCUACACUGGGAGCAUUGAUAGCAAUCGCUUUUGUAGCAAUAAUAAUCUGCAUGAUCAAAAAGCAAAUGAUUGACAACGUCUUCGGAGAGUCAGAUGGCAAAAUGGAUAGAAGGUCAAACAUGGGAUCAAGCCAAAACAGAGAUGAUGUCAACAUACUACAAAAACAAAGUACAGGUGAUCAAUAAUCCUUUUGAAAUCAACACUUACCUGAUCUGAGGAUGAACAGAAGUCUCUUGUGCACAGCCAGAAAUCUCACCAAUACUGAUUCCUUUCUUUGUGCUUUAAUUGAAAGACUGAUUGAUUACAGGAAGAGCUUGUAGUGCAUGCUAACUUCAAUCACCUGUAGACAAAGAGCCUGCAAUCAACAACAGCAAGGAUAGGAAAGAAAUGAGAAAGACAAGAGAUGAGCUCUGCUCAUUAUUAAAUUCUGUUUAGUCUGCAAUAUGUAUAUGAUUGAUUUCUAAAAUCAGUUAAAUACAGGGUAAUUAAAAAGGUAGCAAUACAUUUCAGCAGCAUAAUUCAUGGUCACUCCCAUAUUUCAAGAUAGGUCAAUAAUGACUGAAGUAAAUUUAAAACCAUUCGUCUGAGGUUGAAGUAAAACAAGGCUCCUCAAAAUUUUCAGGAAAUAGAUAUUUUGUGUUAAUAGGAAAACAUGUCACACUAAAGUUAUAUGUUUUUUUCACUUAAAGACCGAUGUCUUGUUGAACUGUAGGUGGUAGUGCUCAUUUCAGCCAAAUAAAUGAAUUGUGGUAAUUUAAAAUGAAAAAUUCAUUUUGAAAUAAUGUGGGGGGUUGUUUGUUUGGUUUUGUGUUUGGUUUGGUUUUUUGUUUUUGUUUUGAGUAUAAAAACCUGUUUGAAAACAGGUUUAUACUAAAAAAAAAAGUUUCUGGACAUCUGAAACAAAACAAGCUAAUCUGGAAUUUCCAAAAUUCACAUAUCCCUGGUUUCUUAGUAUAAAACAAUGCAUUAAGAUAAAUCAGAAAUUGCAAAUAAUUUCAGUCUUCCACCCCUUUGUUCUUGUUAUAGCCUAAUAUAUUCUGUUGAAUUUGACUUCUUCAAAUUUGCUUUGCCUGGCUCCAAUUAGUGGGAGCGACAAGAAGAAAAAGUAGAGCUUUGUUUGAGAAUGUUUAGAAUAGUUUAAGUAAUUUUAAAUGGUUUAAACCCAAGUUACUUUGUAACAUUCCAGCUUUUCCAAAUUUUGGGAACCUGUGCCUUCAGCAUCAGUGCAGAAAAUAAUGUUCUGUUCUGUUUAAUCCAGUUCGUUCAAGAACGCUGUAUUAUAACAGAUAUUGGCAUCACAAUGUGCAAGAAAAGCAGGAAGUUUUUUGGUGUGGUUUUUCUGUGUGUGUGUGUUUUUUGGGGGUUUUUUUGGUGUUGGUUUUUUUUUUUUUUUAAUUUUAUUUCAAGCCAGGCUUUGCUUUUGGCUUCUGAACACAGGGUAGGAAACGUCACCCACGGGAGCUCUGGGAACAGCAACGCCAUGCUGGGCAUCCUCUGUUAUUCCUACAGCUCCUCUCAGGAAACCCAGCAGGACUCAAAGGCUUGAGAGCCUCAGGUAGAGAGCACACACAACAAUAAGUAACAUCACUGGUAUUUCACAGGCAUAGCUGUUACAUUGUAGCAUUACAGGAUGACUCCGCUGUCUUAUGGCAACUUACUAUCCAGAUCCAAAGACCACAAACUGUAAAUAGACUGGGUCUUCCUAAACUUUUAGCUGAGGCCAAUGUCUAUAGACUUUUGGAUUUUUUAAAUCUCUCAUCUAACAUACAUUCCUAAAGUUAACCUUUAAACCAGUGUCUGCUCUCAGUUAUACCAUAUGGCAGAUCAUAACAAAUAAAGUUCUUUCCAGUUCUUCA